AUGCACCUCACCUCCACCAUAAUAACCACUAGUCUAAUUCUUAUUUUUUUAUUACUUAUAUCCCCCAUCCUUUCCUCCUUUUCCCCCACCCCCCUCCCUCUCAACUGAGCAUUAACCCAGGUUAAAACAGCAGUAAAAUGAGCCUUCUUUACUAGCAUCCUCCCUCUCUGCCUCUUCCUUAACGAAGGCACAGAGACAAUUAUUACCAGCUGAACUUGAAUAAAUACCCACACAUUUGAUAUUAAUAUUAGUCUUAAAUUUGAUAUCUACUCAAUUAUCUUCACCCCUGUCGCCCUUUAUGUCACCUGGUCAAUCCUAGAAUUUGCCUCCUGAUAUAUACAUGCCGACCCGAACAUAAAUCGGUUUUUUAAAUACCUCCUAAUCUUCCUCAUUGCCAUGAUCAUUCUUGUUACCGCAAACAAUAUAUUUCAACUAUUUAUCGGUUGAGAGGGUGUCGGAAUUAUAUCUUUUCUCCUCAUCGGCUGAUGAUACGGCCGUGCAGACGCAAACACCGCUGCCCUCCAAGCAGUAGUCUACAACCGAGUAGGGGACAUCGGCCUAAUUUUUGCUAUAGCCUGAAUUGCAACCUCCCUUAACUCCUGAGAAAUACAACAAAUAUUUACUUUAUCCAAAGACUUUGAUCUAACUUACCCCCUCAUUGGUCUCAUCAUUGCUGCCACUGGUAAAUCCGCCCAGUUUGGCCUCCACCCCUGGCUUCCUUCUGCCAUAGAAGGCCCUACGCCGGUCUCUGCCCUACUGCACUCAAGCACCAUGGUCGUAGCAGGCAUCUUCCUCCUCAUCCGCAUAAGUCCAAUACUAGAAAACAAUCAAACCGCCUUAACCAUUUGCCUUUGUUUAGGGGCCCUCACCACCCUCUUUACCGCAACCUGCGCCCUCACCCAAAAUGAUAUCAAAAAAAUCGUUGCUUUCUCAACCUCAAGUCAACUGGGUUUAAUAAUAGUAACAAUUGGGCUUAACCAACCCCAACUUGCCUUCCUUCACAUCUGCACUCACGCAUUCUUUAAAGCUAUACUUUUCCUCUGCUCAGGGUCUAUUAUUCAUAGCCUAAACGACGAGCAAGACAUCCGAAAAAUAGGAGGUAUACAUCACCUGACUCCUUUCACAUCUUCCUGCUUAACCAUCGGAAGCCUAGCUCUCACAGGAACCCCUUUCUUAGCAGGUUUCUUUUCAAAAGAUGCUAUUAUUGAAGCCUUAAACACAUCUUACCUAAACGCCUGGGCCCUAUUCCUCACCCUCCUAGCCACUUCCUUCACCGCUAUCUACAGUCUUCGGGUAGUUUUCUUCGUCUCAAUAGGCCACCCCCGCUUCAACCCCCUUUCCCCAAUUAACGAAAACAACUCAACAGUUAUUAACCCCAUCAAACGCCUAGCCUGAGGAAGUAUUAUCGCCGGUCUCCUAAUUACCUCCAACAUCACCCCCUUAAAAACACCAGUUAUAUCCAUACCAUUCCUUCUCAAAGUUGCCGCCCUAAUAGUGACUAUUAUCGGCCUUCUCACCGCACUAGAACUCGCCUCACUAACCAAUAAGCAAUACAAACCAAUACCAAACCUUUCUCCCCACCAUUUUUCUAACAUACUAGGUUUCUUCCCAAUAGUUAUUCAUCGCCUCAUCCCCAAACUAAACCUGAUUUUAGGACAAACCAUCGCCUCCCAAACAGUCGACCAAACAUGGUUAGAAAAAAUGGGCCCAAAAGCAACUGCUACCCUUAACCUCCCUCUAAUUACCACGACUAACAACAUUCAACAGGGUAUAAUCAAAACCUAUCUUUCCCUCUUCUUUUUCACCUUCGGUUUAGCUCUUCUACUACUACUUUAUUAA